CGCUUUUGGAACACCCUCACCUUUAGCGGCAGCAUCCUUCCCUUCAGGUGAGUCUGGACUUACCUGCCAGCCUACUGGUGGCCGCGUCGCAAAGAAACAUUUAAAUGCUCGAGUUAAAGGGGUGAUGAGUCGGGUGUUGUCACCCCAGGAUGGUGGAGGGACAGCCGCAGUGAACGCAGGAGUUAGCGGUGUUUCGGGAUUGCGUAAAUGCGCACUGGUACGCAACAGGAGCGAUAUUUCCACCGCGGUCCUCGGCUGCUAACGUGUCGUGUACAAACAUUUACGCGGAGCUGCUCCGGCGAGCUCCGACGCGCCGCUGACUGCGCCUGCCCUCCACCCACCGGACAAAAAGGUUGGGCCCCGCCAAGGGACCCUCAUCCUCUCCAAAGCUACCAGGAAUCUGUGACGCACACAGUUCAGAGGGCCCCGUGCCUGACAGCAAGUCAUAGAACAACGCUCCAGGAUUUGGAGUUCUUGUUUAAUUAAGGAAAGAAAAUCUUUCUUGAACUGCAAGGACGUCUUGCAGUCAUUACACUCCUGUAGAGUAUUAAUUUUAAAGACUUUGGUUUAUUUAUUAAAGGAUUUUUUUUCACUGUAGGGUCUAUCACCAGGGUGCAAACAGAACUGCGGAGCUGCAGCUGAGGGGGACUGGUAGCCCUGAAUAAUUGCCUUUUGUUUGAUGGUAAAAUUCUCUGCCGUAAAGGCUUUCUGUUGGAUUAUCAGGGCACGGUCUUCCUUAACUCUCUCUUCCCAGGUCUUUGAUCCAGUGCCAUCUCCCCACUCAUUCUUUUUUUCUCUUUUUCAAUUCCUCCACUCUUGACUUUGAGGUUUUUGUGGGAUUAAGUAUUAAGCCCUGGGACACCCUCUUCAAGCAUUUUGUCCCCAGGAAUAUACUCAAACCAAAACUUUAACCAAAAUAACGGAGAGAAAGGGAUAGAGGGGUUUGAAGGGCAGAUGGCUUUGCUGCUCGAAAACACCAACAGCCGGAUGAAUAAAACAUUUGAAUAGAGAGAGAGUCGUGACAUCUGGCUGAGGAGUGAGUUAGACACACUCGUCAUUCCCUCUCUUUCUUUUUCCCUAUUCUGUCCGCUAUUUCACUCACUACCAUCCCUAUCUCUUCAGACCCCCUCUAUCAAUCCGCCUUUCACUUUUUCCUGUCUCUUUCCCUCUGUGGACACAGGGGUUCAGGCGGUCACUCAAACAGACAGAAACAAGCUUGUGCCUCUGCUUGCGUCUUCUGCUCUCGCUCAGUUUUGUUCCACCUUUGCGUGCCCCCUCACCCCACCCUCUCCUGCUCCUUCUCUUCCUCCCCUCCUCCCCGGCACGGUGUGUGAUGGUGUGUCCCCUCCUCUCGGUCCUGGAGACAUGCCUGUGCAGGAGAUGGCGGUGAGUCCUGUCAAGUCCCUGUACUGGGAGCAGUUCCCCCCCAUGUCGCAGCGCCGCGUCUACUGCACUCCCGUCUACCACGAAGGCCUGCUCUACGUGCUGGGGGGCUGCAGCGAGACCGGCAUGCCCUUGGACAGCGUCGAGGUCCUGGAUGUAGAGAGCCAGACGUGGAGCCAGCUGCCGCCACUGCCCACUGCUCGGGCAGGGGCCUCGGCCGUGGGAUUGGGGGGCCAGGUGAUGGUGCUUGGGGGCAUGAAUCAGCAGCAGACCCCACUGGCCUCCGUGGAGAUGUACCAUCCUGACGAGGGCAAAUGGGAGACAAAGGCCAGCCUGGGUCAGCCGUCCAUGGGAGUCACCACUGUGGAGAAAGAUGGAAAGGUGUAUGCGUUGGGAGGUAUGGGAGCCGACACAACGCCACAGGCCCUGGUGAGGGUUUAUGAGGCAGAGAAGGACCAAUGGCAGCCGAUGACCUCCAUGCCCACGCCGCGGUACGGAGCCACGCCCUUCGUAAAAGGAAACAAAAUCUAUAUGAUUGGUGGUCGGCAGGGAAAGAUGCCGGUGACGGCGCUGGAGGCUUUUGACCUGGAGAUGAAGAGCUGGACACGUUAUCCCUGCAUCCCAAGCCGGAGGGCCUUUUCCUGCUGCGCCACAAAUGAGCGGAGCCUAUUCAGCCUGGGGGGUCUCCAGCAACCAGGGCCGCAUAACUUCUACUCCAGACCUCACUUCGUCAGCACCAUGGAGGAGUAUGAUCUGGAUCAAGGUAUUUGGAUCAAACCCAGACGAACAUCCAGGAUGAGGGAGAAGAGGGCUGACUUUGUGGCAGGAUGCCUCGGAGGAAGGGUAAUCGCAGCUGGUGGUCUAGGUAAUGAACCAUCGCCGUUGGGCACGGUGGAGAGCUACAACCCAGUAAAGCGGCGCUGGGAGUAUGUGGCGCCCAUGCCCACUGCACGCUGCUCCUCUGCCCUCCUGCAGACAGCUAGCAUGCUCUUUGUCAUUGGCGGAGUCGCCCAGGGACCCAGUAAUGCUGUGGAAGCCCUCUGCUUACCGGAAACCGUGUGACAAAUGCAGACACACUAACACACACACAGGAAUAAAUGCAAACCGGCGUUUUAAUUCAUGUAUGUGAAUAGGUACAGACAAAAACACAUGAAUUGGAUCCACAGAUCCACAGAUACUUUUCUACCUUCAUGUCCAACUGAUGGAUUCCUCUUGAACACUGGGAUGUAAGAAACUAUUUUUCACAUUCAACAAGCAUUUUCAAAUGGGGGCUGCAGAAAAAAAAUGUGACAGAGCUGGACAAAUACAACAUUAAGGACAUUCAAGCCGACUGCUGUGAGUGGCAAGGACAGAAAACUGACAGCUUUUCUACACUGGGGAAAUCAGAGGAAGACACAAAAAAAAAAAAGAGCAAAAAACAGACACACACACACACACACACAGUGUCUGAAGAAACAACACGCCUUUGAACUGUUGAGCAUUUUUCAGAAUAAAAGCAGGGUACUUUUCUGGAUAAUAAAGGAACAUAGGGCCAUAUCUGUAUCUCUUCUCUGCAGCAGCAUCGCUCUCCCCUGCUGCUGCGACAGCAAGCUCGGACACUUUUCUAUGAAAUUAGAAACAACACUUAGUUGAGUUUUAGACCGUGACAUUCUGGGAAUGUGAAUGUCUGUUUUGGUUCUUCUCUUUUUGUUGCAGUGUUGUAUAUGUGUGAAAGUUAGCACUGCUAGCAACCGCUACCACAGAGUCAACAACAGUGGCCCUUAACAUGCGUUCACACUACAAGCAACUCAAGCAACUGCUACUCAGAAAUGUAUCCAUUUUCAACGACCAGUGAAACGUUGGCUGAUGUUGACCACAGUCACUGUGUUUUCUUUAUUUCUAGUUACAGAAAAGUUGCCUGUGGUCAAACUUGUCGGUACCCAUCAAUCCACCUCUGCUACAACAUUAUCAACACAGCGAUCAAUCACCAAGCAACAGUCCUUCAUUCUAUAGUACAGGGAUGUAGUUGCUCGUGGAGUAAAUGCAGUUACUCAUACCUGCUGCACUGAAGCAGAGUUUUAUCUUUACGAUUAUGGUUACAUUGAUUCAGUGUUUUCCCAGGAAUAUAAUUUUUGGCAGAGUAGUGGAAGGGAUCUGCUUAUAUUGGUCUAAGUCUAACCCUUGUGUAGUGUAGGGUAUCAUUAUCGUAGUUGCUGCCUAUUUACAUAACCAUAGAGUUGUCUAUUUAAGGUGUCUUUUGAGUAUAAAAUAGUCAAUACAUGUAGGCUUAAAAUGAGACUGAAAAAUUAGUAGCUUGCUCAGGAAGGGAGCUGUAGUUAGCUUGCAAAGCUAAAUAUAUUAAAAUGUCCAUAUAAACUUCUUAUUCAAUCAUGCAGCAUAUUCCACUUUUCCACCAUUGGUCUGUAUGUUGAGUAUGUUUCAAACAUUUGUCACUUUGCCAAUAAACUGCGAAAUAUGCUACCUACAGAGCUUCGGAGACAUAACAUGACACAUAAGUAGUGUAUUUAGCUGUUAGUGUUGGGCAAGUUAGUCGAAAAAACCUACCUGCUUAUCCUUUAAAGGGUUGCGGGGGGCCUGGAGCCGAUCCCAGCUGACAUUGGGAGAGAGGCGGCGUACACCCUGGACAGGUCGCCAAUCAACAGCAAAGUAAUUGGUUGCAUUACGUUAUUCAGCCCAUCUCUGAUACCUUUAAACAACUCAAAAGCCUCCACACCCACAUGUCACAUCAUCUGUAUUUAGAAAGUGUAGAAACAGAAAACGAGAUAUUGCGGUUUAACAAGCAGCCAGCCUACAGUUUGGAGGUACUUACUGACCAUCAACAAGUCCUGUCCUCAUGGUGAAGCUGCUGUUUACACACACAAAACCCAGGUGAUUCCCGAAUGUGUGUUUACCAGUGGCUAAUUUUAGCUAACCAGCAAAGAAGACACAACAUGCAAAUUAGACAACUCUGGACUCAGUGGGAGGCGCAUUUCUUUUGGUAAAACCUAGCCGCCUUCCACAUCCAACUCCUGUGCCAAGCUAACCCGUCCCGUAGCAGUCUGUCCACCGAACGCACAAGACGAAACAGAUGUCAACUCUCGCACACCUGGUUACUGACUACACUAAAUGCUACUGAAAAAAACACAUUGCUGUAACUCGUCACUAAGUAACUGCUGCCCAACGCUGUUAGCCCCAUGUUGCGUGAAAACUAUAUAUGCAACAUGCUGAAAAUACAGAUCAAUGGCAAAGAAUUAUGCUGUGGGAGUGCUUUGAGAAGUUUCUGUGUAGAUACUGACACAUGCUUUUUGCCAUGACUCUGGGUCGCCAUUGGAAGCAAAUGUGACUGCUGUGAAUCUAAGUUGACUACUGCUACAAACUUUUCAGAACUACCUUUCAAUUCUACAGUGGGUGAGCCAUUGAUACUCAAAAGACAGACUUUUGGUGAAGAUUUUGUUUGUUUGGGCUGAGGUGAGGCUUUGUGUACAGGAGUUAGGGAUGAAAGAGAAAGGGAUUUUCGAAUAUGCACUUAAAGAGCCAGUCCAUUCAGAAUGAAUAUACUGUAACACAUGAGUUGAUUGUGGCUCAGCUACUUUGAUGGUGGUACAGCCCAAGAAUAAUGGGCUACAGCCUAAAUUAAAACAUUUUAUUGAGGCAAUACAGUGUAAAACUUCAAAAAGCUUGAAUCUAUUCAGUAUGUGAAAGCCAUUUUUCCAUUCCAACUGAAGCAGUUGAUGCACUUAGUUGUACUUUUACUAAAAUUUGCAUUAUUGGGUGAUUGGUCUGCCAGCUUAAUUGCCCUAUUCUCUUCCUCACUAAAUAGAAUACAGGUAAUGAUAUUUACCAUAAUAAAAUUUCCUUUAACUCACCAGUUUAUUUGACAACUAGGUGAUUAAAGCGUCCUAAAAAAAUUAUAUAUAGCUGUGAGACUCACAGUAGGAAAGAAUCUUGAAAAUGAAAGCUAAAUUGUAUUGUCAGCUACGAUUGGACAAUUCACAGCUAUUUUACCACUCUAACACACACAGAAAGAUGAGAUACACCCCUGCUCGGUGCAUUCGUCUGCUACAUCCAAACAAUUUUGAAUAACUGAAUCAGUGUUGCAGGUACAUGAGAAACAGCGUGCCUACGGAAUUUAACCACCAUGUCUCCCAAUACAGGAAACUCUAUUUAAAGAGUUCCAUAUGCAUUCAUACAUACAGAGAGAGAGAGAGAGAGAGAGAGAGAGAGAGAAGGACUGUGGAUAAGUUCGAGACACAGAUAACUACUGCACAGAGAGAGAGCUAUCUCUGGCCCCCAAAUAUAAGAUUGUUUCUUACACACACACACACACACACACACACACACACACACACACACACACACACACACACACAUCCUUUUCACUGUCUUGCCCUACUUCAUAUAUUUUUCUGGUCUCCCUGGCAGACCUUGUUAACAGAGAUUGCUGUGGGAGAGCACUGAAGUUACUGGAGCUCAGAUGAGAUGCCAGUUGACAGUUGGUUAUUUCUGGUGCUGCAUUGUGUGCACCUAAUUGAGUGUGUUAGGUACAAGCCACACACUUAUCACAUAUGUACGCAUUCACACACAAACACUUGCAGGGCAAGCCUGAAUGCAUGCCUGCAAGAAUGCAGUCACAGUCUCAUUCACUCACUCCUCACACAGUUCUAUCUGGCAACAAUCAUAAAAGCUUGGAGAGAAUACAGAGAUCAGUUUGUCAGCAAACAGCUCUGUUGGUUGGGGACCGUGGCCCUCUACUGCAUCCAACACUGAUUAGCCUACUUGAAUCAAUUGCAGUUUGUGAGAGUGUGUGUGAGAGAGUGUGUGUAUUUUUUGUCAUGAAUGUAAUUUGAGAAGUAGAGCACAUACACCCAAAACAUUUAAAAGUUAUAGUACAAAAAAGUCAUAAUUUUGUGGUGUUUUACAGAUGCCUCUUUAACGGAGCCACAUGGGAUUUUUUUUGUGUACCUCAAUUGACCAUUGGGGAGAAUUGGCAACAAGGCUGACCUUGCCAGACUGGAUCUUAAAGCUGCAUUAGCUGAUUUUUUUGGCCACUUGUGGGCAGCAGAACAAGUUGUAAACACAACACUGACAUAUUAUCACUUAAAGGUGAUAUGGUUAACUUGUCAGCAAACCGUUGCUUAUUUACACAUUUAGCACACCAGGAUCAACUUUAGCCUUCGUUUGGAGUUGUGUUUCUGGCCACCCAAAGAAUGUAAGUCCAAUAUUCACUCUCUUUUAGCUCUGUGGUCUCCACCGGUUCCUGAGGAAAACAUCUGGCUCUUUAGCUGCUAAAUUCUCGACUAUGUUCACCAGCUAACUUUGUCUGUCUGCCGUAUGGUGCUGGGCAGCUAAUUGAUAACGAUUGAUAAUUUUUGAAUCACGAUUUUCAUUUUCACUGAAAAAACUAUUAAAAUCAUGAUGAUGUGACAUUUGUUGGGGUUUGUAUCAGACAAACAUGUUUUCUUACAUCUGGAGAACAAGAUUUGUAGGCCAGGGCAUCUCUG